AUGCCCGCCUACCACCAUCGCGCGCACCAUGUGCACCAGCACGUUCCACGCGCGGAGCAGCUAGAUGCCCGCGACGCCCUCGCCGAAGCCGAACCCGACGUCAAGACUGUCGUUUCCGUCGUCUACUACACCGCGCCCAAGACUUUUGAUGGCCCUGCCGUUUAUGUCACCGACUCUCCCGACGACGAGCCCGCCGCUGUAACUGUUGCCCAGGCCACCGCCGUUGCUACCAAGGACUCCGACCAUCAAGAUGCUACGACCAAGGAGCAGACUCAGCACAAGACUCAGCAAAACACUCAGCAGCAAAACACUCAAGAGUCUGCCAAGGCCACCGGCACUACCCUUGCUACCCAGACCAGGAAGACUUCCAAAGCAGCCGAGACCACCGUCGCUGCCAUGACCUCUGAGAAAAUCUCGUCUGAAUCGGCUACCGAUUCGUCGCAUAUUACGUCUUCCGCCGCCCUUUCGAGCACGGUUCCUCUUGAGCAUGCUGCUGCGACCUCGGCCACUAAUGCUGCCUUGUCCAGUGCCAGCGCUUCAAGCACCGCAAGUGCUGGUUCCUCUUCAUCCAGCGGCAUGUCCGGUGGUGCCAAGGCCGGUGUGGCUUUCGGUGUCAUCUUUGGUGUCGCUGCAAUUGCCUGUCUUCUCCUCGUUCUUCUGAAGCGCAAGAAAUUGCAGAACAAGGAGGCGGCGCAACCGAUUGAUGAUGAGAAGACCGAAAAAGCCGCUGCUGCCGCUGAUAUGGCUAAUGGUGCCAAUGGCGGUGUGGCUGCCAGGACUCCGAGCAUCAGAACUACCCACACUGCUGAGAACGCGCCUCGCCUGAGCCUUCGCCCCAUGACCGAGUUCUUGCCUGCUAUUGAGACAAACAUGAAGCGCAAGAGCGCUACCAGCAAGCUUACGCUGGAUACUGGCGCUCUCGGAACUCCCACCAUUGGCGGUCUUGUUUCCCCUGCUGGUAGCAUGAGCGCUUGGGAGAAGCGUGGCGCUGCCAGCGACCCAGCCAACCCCUUCGGCGACCACGCCAUGACUCACGAAAACACCACGUCUCGCGAUGCUGUUGAACUUCCCACGCCUACUAUUGAGAAGACCGAGGCUGGUCUGCCAGACAUCACCGUUUCUACCCCGACGAUUGGCGCCCCUGGAACCCCUGACAUCCUUCGCCCGGGAUCUGUGAUUGGUGCUCCCAAGAGCGUUUCCGACAACAUUGCCGAGAGCCCGGUUGCUGUCCAAAGCCCCUCUCAGUGGAACCUGGAUGACGUUCCUCCUUCUCCCGGCCCAGCUCCUACGACUGCUCUUCCUCCUGUCCACCCUGCUGCCGCUGCCGCUGCUGCUGCGGCCGCCGGUGCUGCGGCCGCCGAUGCCGCCAUCGCCGCCGCGGCCAGCAAGCCGGCCCCUAACAAUGUGCACAGAGUUCAGAUGGACUUCGCGCCUUCCAUGGAUGAUGAGUUGGAGGCCAAGGUCGGCCAGCUGAUCAGGAUGUUGCACGAGUAUGACGAUGGAUGGGCUCUCUGCUCUCUCAUGGACCGUUCCAAACAGGGUGUCGUCCCGCGUUCUUGCUUGUCUAAGCAGCCUGUCAAGCCCCGUCCUGGCCCGCCUCCCCAAGGCCGUUCGCCCCAAGGCUCACCUCAGGGCCCGCCUCGCGGACCUCUUCGUCCUGUGGGUCCUGGCAUGCAGGGACCGCCUCGCCCUAUGUCUCCUGGUAACGGUCCUCGUUCGAUGUCUCCUGCCAACGGUCCUCGUCCCAUGUCCCCUGCCGGUGGUAGGAACUCGCCUCGCCCCAUGUCUCCUGCUGGCCCUCGCAAUGGUCCUCGUAAUGUUCCUCGCGCCAUGUCUCCUAUGGGCCCCGGCCCUGCUGGCCGUCAACGCUCUCAGUCCAACGCUUCCUUCGCCGGCCAGGGCCGUCCCAUGUCCCCCAUGGGCCCCCCAGGCGGCGGUCGCGCGCGCUCUAACAGCAAUGCGGCGUUCCAGCGCCCACCUCGCACGAUGUCUCCUGGCCCGUCCGCUGCCGCUCGCCGCCGUUCUAACUCCAUGAGCGAGAUGCAGGGUCCCCGUGUCUCGCCUCCUGGACCCAGCCCCAUGAACCCCAACGGUGCUGCCGCAGCCCUUGUUGACGGCCCCCUCCCCCCGCGUAAGCCGCUUCCCGGCCAGGCGCUGUAA